AACUGAGAAGGUAGCAAAUGAGGAAAAAAGGGAGGAAGAAGGAAGAAAAAUUUAAGAAGGAAAGGAAAUGAGAAGAAAGGAAGGAACAGACUGCAGAAGAAAUGCAGGAAAGCUACGAUUAAAACAAAGGUAGUUGCAGCUGACACAAUCUCACAUGCACUAACAUAAUGAAAUAUCACAGUGAGGGGAAUAGGAAACCUGCACAUCAUAGACUACUGUGAUACAGCUACCAAAACAAAUCAACAUCAAUUUUGAAAAAAACGCCAGCUGCAAUGACGUUAAAUUAUAUUCCCAUAGCUGUUUUGAUAAAAUAAUGAGAAAGAUUGGGACAUUGAACUGAGGACCAGUCUGCAGCAGUGCAACAGGUGAUCAUGCAAUGCAGUGCCUGACUCGAUCAGUUGCCUGUGGCUGAAAACCCUGAGUAACAGCCUGAGCUGACUUUAUUCAUUUCUCAUUACCACCAACUAAAAUGGAUGACUAAAUGCUGCGCAAUACUGCAACAUCUGCUUAUUUAAUUUGCUCAUCCACUGUAUUGCUUGAAACAGCAACUCAAACAAUAAUUGGUCCUAAAACCAUAAAUCAAGCAAAUAGGACGUCCUUACACCACAGAUGUCUUAGGCAGCUGAUAUUUUCAUCUCAUAGGACAAACUGAAUUAUAAUCAGAAAAGUUCCUUAGGAACCUUUUCUACACAAAAAGAACUGAUGGAAUUUAUCUGUGUGACUGAAUGCCAUAUUGUCUUAACUAAUUCACUUUGAUACUGCAGUCUCUUUGCCUUCAUCAGCUGUAAGCAGAUCCUUGUUGCUGAAAAACCAUAGCCUUCUGUGAAGCUUUAACACUUUUCCCCAUCUGUCUGCUCUGUAAAGCCAGGAAUUGUCUCCCUGGUUGCAUUUGUUCAGGCUGGGUGCUGUUUGGUAUUUCCUCAAGCAAACAUGUCUUGCCUUGAGCAAAGAUGUCCAGCUAAGGGCUCAGCCCAGUAUGGAUGCUGAACAAGCUGGUGUCAGCGCUGUGCCAAGUGACCCAGACAUCUGCUUUCUCCUGAACUGCCAUAAAGUAUCUCUCUUCUCUCAUAUACCAGCCACCACCAUGCAUCACAUAACAGCAAGCCAAAUUUAGUAUAAUGACUAACAAUCAAAAUUAAAAUGCUCUACUUAACAUUAAUCAAGUUGCUUCACACAUAAAAUAAUUUUCUUCUGCUUUUUACAAAGCAUGUAUUUAAUUAAUUCCUUAGCUCUCUUUUCAAAAUUUUCUGAAUUUCAAAGUGUAGCAUACUUUCUUUUGUUCAUACUAGCAGGAUUUGAUUUGUUUCACCUUCUGGGAAAUGUUUCCUUCUAAUUGCUCUGUUUCAUCCUGUCCAAAAAAAAACCCUUUGUGGUCAAUUCAGGCUGAUUGCCAGCAGACACUGGAAGGGAAGGACGGCGGCAAAGAAGGGUGGAGACUGACAGGCUGGCAGGAAGAGCAUGUUUGUAUACGAAAACCAAAAUGCAAUGGUCAUCCCUACGGACACAUCACUCCAAGGUAUCUGGCCAAAUGUGUUGAGAAUUUCCAGUCCUGAUGUGUGCUUUCAAGCGCUCCCUCAUCACAUUCACAAAGUAGUCUGCAGUCUCAGAUGUGAGGUGUGUGUCUUGAUAGACAAAACUAGUGGCAGCGCAACAAGUGAAUCACCAUCUUUUGUCCUAACAUCAUGUUCUCUGCCCUCCAAGGUUUUCUCAUCCUCUUUUGUGGAGUUCUAGACAGCUAUAAAGUGUUUGCAAGAAAGUGCGACAAGAAUGAGAUAGAAGCAGCCAUGAUGGCUUGUCAAGAGCCACGGGAAGCCCUGUCUGAUGCCAGCCUUUUAAACAAUAACACACUACUCUGUCAAGCACUACAGGUGUAUGCAUCAUGCAUUGAGCCAGAGAUUUCUGGCUGCAAGGGCAAAGCUGUAGUUGCAUUUCAAGUAAUUAAACAGACGUAUAUGGGUCCCCCCUACAACUGCAAGGUUACAGACAAUGCACCUGAUCAGGACAAUGUGGAUGGCCAAGCUGUGGAAAAUGAUGGAGCUUUUGUAGGUGUGACAGGUGCCAUGAUACCAAUAGAAAAGGCAGCAGCCACUAAUCUGCCAGACCCAACCACACAGAAGCCUGAAAUACAGCCAACAAACACUGCAGUUCCAUCAUUCUCUGUUACUAGCAACAUGAAUGGAAUCAUGUUGAUUCGUGGGUUAGUCAGCAUUUGUAUGGUGCACUUGUUAUCACUGACACUGCUUGUUCUUUGAUUUCUCAUGCUAGAAAUUUUCAUAAGUGUUGCUUAUUCUUGGAUUUUACAUGUUGUUGCUGUGAAAUCCCAAACUGAGUAUGGUUUUUCACUGGUUAAAUUUAUUAGAUGAUGCUAGCUGUCAAAAUCUGAGUGAACAACUUCUUCAAAUUUUUAAAAUAUUAAUAUUCUUCCAGAAAACCACAGAAUGGUUUUCAUUUAUUCUGAUUUUUCAAAAAAUUACAUGCCAAUCAUCUGGGAUUUGUGCCUAUUUGAGGUAUUAAUAUUCUUCAUGCAGUUAAAUUCUGAAAGGUUAACAGCAAUUCAAAUCCGUGAACUAAGAUAAGAUUCAUUUUAUGGAAGUGCAUCCAAACUCAAAACUUUACAAAUUUCGCCCGAGCAUUUAUUUUUGAAAACCUUUACAACUUUAAAGAUAACCCAGAAACAAUGAGUAGUAAAGAGUUAAAAAGUAUUAGAUAAACAUAGUUUUAUGAUCCAAGCACUUUAAAAAUAAGUGGUAAUCUGAUAUAAAUCUGAGAUUUCAAUCUCUCCUUGUCCCCUCCUAUGUACCUACGAUUUGCCAAAUAUGACAAUUCCUAAUGCAGGAAUGCCCAAAUGUCACAUCAUACUUUAAGGGUAACCUAAACAGAAAUGACUUUUAAAUGACUGCACUUAAGUUAAGAUGCUACCUACCCAAAGCUAAACAAUUCCAUUAACAAGAUACAUGCCUUGAGAGAAUGGAAGUCUCACCUGCUUCUUGAAAAUAAAUCAAAAUUAAAAAUUCUGUGAUGUGCUAGGCUUUCUGUUUUGUCAAUACCUUAUUAACUGUGUCUCAACACACUCAAAUUGUCUGAAAUUAUGAGCUUUGCUAUCAAUGCUGUUACUAUUGAUGAAGUCUGAAUGCAGUCCACAUUUUGUGCAUCCACCCCAAAAACAAGAAAACAAAUAAAUUAACAUGCAUUCUUGAGGUGAUAAACUCAGGAUAAUAGCAGGCAUAUUGACAAACUUAAUUUCAUGUUUUGACUCAAGUAAGCCUUCAAAACCAUGAACUAUCAUGCAACUAAAAACAUGAUAUGUUUUACUCUAAAAUCCUGUGAAUCUGACAUGAUGCUAAAAUCUUCUUCUAGAACUCAGUUGUUUGCUUAUCAUAAUACUGUAUACAUCUUUAUGAGAACUUAAACAACUCAGCAGGCUGGUAGGUGUUAUGUUAAACAAGAUGCAGCAGGUGUCUCCAGGUCUUACAUGCAAUCAUUACUUUUUUUGUAAAGGGAUAUAAGCUGAGUGCAAAAGUGAGCUAUUAAUACAUAAAAAUAAUCAGAAAAUUAGUUUUAUAUUUAAAAAACAUUGUGAAUUUCACAGUAGUAAAUAUUUGUUUCCUGUGCCAUAAUGACAAUAAAUCAUUUCUUGAUUCUUUCACAUCAAAAUUUUAGCCAGGAAGGGGGAUACUUCAGAUAUCUAGCUAUGUCAGUGCUUGUAUCAAUGUAUUAUCAUGGCACACUUUGUCUUUAAAAAAACAACAUAAUAAUGCUUUUUGGUGGGAGAUUAUUUGGAAUGCACACUUAUAAGCCAAAACUGUUAGCACCAAGUGUAUAUUUGUGAGUAUCAUAACCAUCAUCCCAUGUCUUACACGCAGAAGAUGCAGUUCACAAAGUGUAAUAACGUCUGAGAAAUGACCAGCUACUUUUGAUUGUAUAUUAUCUUACAGUCAAAGCUCAACAAACAAGGCGAAAGUUGCUAAUUCAAAGAUAAAUUUAUCACAGCAAAUGCUAUCAUGAGAACCUUUUCUGCUCACAUUUGAAUUUAGCCUUGUCUUAGUAAAGAAAAAAACUAUAAUUGCUAAAUGUAAUCUUGGCAUCGACCAACGGGAACAAGACUUCAUCUUUGUAUAAUCUACAGCAGUAAAUACAUUUAUUCCAUGGGGAUCAACGUUAAGGAGGGAAAUUACAGGAAAAUGGGCCUUAUUUGUCUGAAAAUACAUUAAGCUAGAAGUUAUCUGGCUGAAUUAAUUCUUUAUUUAGCUAAAUCAACAUACAGAUUCAUGAGAUGAUAAGAACAUUUAUCCCAUAACCACAUUGGCAUCGCCAACAAAAGCUUAUACUAACUUUUCUGAUGCUUUCUAAGUUUUUCAUAUUCAGUUAACUCAAUCUGGUAUAAAAGCAUUAUGCCAUUUCUGGGAGCAUUUAGUCUGCAUGCAGCAAGUUUACAAAAUGCUGUUGUUUACCAUACUUUUUUUUUUUUUUAACAUACAUGAAAAUUUUACUGUUGCUGUUGUAAAGUGACAAUUUAUGAAAUAAAAAAGAACGUUAACGAAUGAUUUCUGCUCUAUCAAAAUUAUAGACUGACAGUUUUCUUGUUUAAAUUGGAAUGUUUGUCAUUUGUGCCUGUGCUGAGAGGAAAAAGAGCUCAACCUGGCAUUAGUUUUCAGUUGUGUUUUUUAAAAUUGAAAAAAUUAAAUAUGUCGAAGAAUGCUCUCUGUCAUGUGGUAACUUAUGAGGGAUUGGGGAAGAUGAAGAUCUCCCACAAUUAUGAAAUAGACGAACUGUUGUCAGGCACCCAGCAAAAGCCCACCAGAGUAAAUAAGAGGGUUGCUUGAACAAGAUGUUUACAUAUGUUAUGUAAAGACAGCUAGCCUUAAGUGGUCAAAGAGCAGCCAGGAAAAACAUCAGUGCUUCAUGAAGUCAUAAGAAUGCUGCACCACCAGGACAUAGGUGUCACUAAUGUCUGUUACAGCAAAGUGCAUCUGAGGCUAAUUUGCCACUUGGCCAAAUAAGUACCUGUAGCAGAGUGGCGAUAUUAGUGGGGAUAGCCUCAUACCCUCAUUUUGCAGGGCGUAACUAGUACUGGUCACUGCUCUGCUGGGGUGUGAUCUUCCUGUUUACUCUGGCUAGUUAGAGAGGAUUCUUGGGUGUGAUGACCAAUGGCAUUCCUCGUUAGAUUAUGUGUAUAAAUAUCUGGAGUAAUAUACAACACAUGAUCUGCACUUCAUCGGUUCAAAGCCAGUACUUCUUCAGCAGUUCAUCAAGGCAAAAGUUGACACCUUUUCACCACUCUUUUCAGCGCCAAGGGACUUUUCUUUAAAGCCAGGACUUAAGUCAUGAGGACAAAGACUCAGAAAUAAUUCAAACUACUUGAGUUAGGGAACCAUGACACAAAGGGCCCAUCAGUGACAAUGAAUCAUGAAGACACCAGCAACCACUUGACCAAGACUUGGGGUACCAGUGAGAGAUAUACUUUUGAUGCCAUGACAGUUGCUGCUCCCUGACGUGAAAGGUAGAUCAGAUGUGAAGGUGACAACAGACAGCUGGACAGGGCACUAUGCUUGAAUAGUCACCAGCACGUCAUGACUGACCACCAUGGACUUCCUGCUUACCUUAUCAUAUGACUCAAGUCAUGGCAGAGACUGAGAUGAGAAAAGAAUCUGCAGUAAAAGGGCAGCAAGAGAAAGCCACCAAAGAAAAUGGAUGAUGCGUGUGCUGGUGAGAGUGGAUGGUGGCUCUAACAGCAAAUAGUACUGGACCAUAUGGAAGUAUGGAUAGUAGUGGGACCCUUCAGAUAAGCAACAUUUUGAAAGUAUUUUGCAUAACUUAUAUGUUCUUAAUAAAUACCUUUUCUUUUUGCACUUUAAUUCACAAGUCAUUCAGUCUUUUGAAUGGAGAAGAGCACGGAUGGUGGCUCAUAAGAUGUAUGUAGUUAUUUUAACUAAACAAUGUGUGAAUGUUGUUAUCAUUUCCCUUGGAAACAAAGCUCACUAACUAUCCAACAUAUAAGAACUACCCACACAGGCAAAGACAUAUUGUUAUCAUCCUGUCCCACACAUCAACGCUCACCAAGUCUAUACAGUCAUUUUGCUAUCACUAUGUUCCCCACUACUGCUAAAG